AUGGAGCUGAGGCAGAAAAGAUUCGUGUAUGAGAAGGCGUUCAGUGUUGAAAGAAUCAUCCAAAACCUAAAGACGUAUCAAGUAGCUACGGGAGAGGCCGAACUUUCUGUACUCUGCAAAUCAAAGCAUGUCUCUGAAACAUCUGGGGCGGCGAAUACGAAGAGCUCAGUUGCCACUGAAAGAAAGAGAAGGAGGAGGAGGAAAUACAAAGAACGCAGACAGAUAAAGAGAAGUAGAGAGGAAGAAGGCAGUGAAGUGAAUGAGGGGAGCUUUGGUUCAACAGAGAGGGGUGCCUCUACCAGCCAAGUGGGAACGAGCAGUUCCCUGGGUCUGCUGGCUGUCCAGUACUCCAGCAGUGAAGGAGAAGAAGUGAGUUCACCUCACAGCAAGAUUGCCACCUCUGAGGCUCUGCCUGUCCCCGACGCUAUUCUUGGGAUGUAUGUUGGUGAGGAGGAGGGUGUGAGGGGUGAGGAGUGCGGGGAGGAGGGAGGAGGAGAUGAAACACGUGCCUAUUCUGAGCUGGGGUUCUUUGAGAGUCAAGAAUCCCCCGGUGAAGGCGAUGAUGGGGUAAAGAGAAAGACCAUAACCUCUGCAACAUCUCUAGUCAAGGAGUCUCCAAAGAAAGAGAAAUGGGACGAGGUGAAAGCAAAGUGGAAGUUUCCUGUUUCAAAACUACAAACCUAUGUCUGUGCCAACUGUGGUAAAGUUGGACACUUCACCCAAGACUGUACCGUCGAAGCAGCCCAAAAGGAACCUCUGAGAAUUCCAACAGAUUUGAAGGCACUCUAUUCAAAAUCUGUACACUGUGAUGGCAGGGGUCACAUAACUGCCCACCUUCUCUCUCAUCCCACUCACAACUGCCUGUACUCCUCCAAACUCAAGAAAGUGAUAAAAUGUUCCAACUCAAUGUGUCAAACAGUCAGUAUCUAUGACUUGUACAUCUGCAGUCAGUGUCUUGGCAAUGCUUUCUCCCAACACUACUCCAUGGUCACUGCUUGCUGGUCAAGUGCUGGGCUGCGGAAGAUUCAAAAUGCCAUUGCUUGUGAGGACCACUUUCAUUGGCACAGAGUCAACUGCCCCUCCAGUGCUGAAGAAAACUUUGUCACUAGAGAUAAACUGCAGCAAGCCACACUCAGUGAAUUCUAUUUCUAACUCUAGCUCUCUUUUCAUUAUAAUAUAGAAGUUACACCGACACUAUAUAGCAUUAUGGUCUCGCAUUGACUUUUUGAUCACCAGCUAUA